UUAGAUUGACUAUAGCUAGUAUACAAGCUAGCUAGGGAAAUGGCUAAGUAAACUGUCAGAUAAUAUAUGUUAUCAUCAUAGCUAUCUUAUUUACAAAAAUGUGUUAAUAUUGAAUAUUCUUAAUAUCCAGUGUACUGAAGUAGUAAGAAAGAGCUAACGUUAGCAAUGCCAACUUCAUUACUGUCUUUGUUUAUGAUCUGGCCAGGCUACAAGCCUACAAGUCGUUUUUAAUUUUAAUAACCAACAGCGCCUAUUAAUAUCAAAUACUUAAAGCGCAUAAUGGUUGUAUUCCACGGCGGGUCUCUGUUUUCAAACAUCACAUUACAGAACAUUUGCGGAACGCCAGUCACCAAAUUCUAUUCCUCGUUGUCCCUCUCAUUUUCAUAAUGAUACCACGAAGCUAGCUACAAAAAGUCUUAAUUUUGAUAUGCCGGAUUCUUUUUAGAUAUGUGAACAGUCUUACAUUUGUUGGGAUAAAUAGCACGACUAUUAUGUUUUUUCUUGAAGCCAUGUCAACGGAGUUGACAGGUGCAGAGGUUACUUUUGGUCAGACAACGACAUGGCCUCGCUCACUGGACCUUUAUUUGAUUUAUUAAUUUGUUCGUAAAUUAAAAGGCAUGUAACAUUGCCUAAUUGUAAAAAACGAAUGAAUGUUUGAGCAAAUGAUUUGAUAGCUAUGUGGGUUAUAUUACAGGUUUAUACUAAAGCGUUGGUGAAUACUCGGUUCUGAUUGGCUAGAAUGGCAUUCUAGAAUAGACAUUAAGUAAGGGAUAAUCGAGGGGCUAUGCGUUCUCUGGAAAAUAAUGAGCAACGUAGAAUGUGUUCCAUAUUACGCUAGCAGAGUGGAACUAACAUUCUAACAUUAAUUAUUUUUCCAGAGAAAGCAUAGAGCCCCGAGUUGAUUAUCACUUUUAUACUAUUGCUAUAAUUGAACACUUACCGCUCGAAAUGGGUUAAUUUGCUGGUAGAAAUGUGUUCAACAUCCACUGAAGUAGCUAGCAAGUUUACUGGACAGUGACAGUAAUCGCCUUGGUAACCAAACAGACUUGCUAGUUUUAGCUAACCAAACCAUCGGUCCGAGCUUGCUAUUAUGAAAAUCCAAUUCAACAAUGCCAAUAAGGUUUUCAAUUCGACUUUUGUUUCAGAAGCAGCUCAAACAUAGAACAUGGAAGAACUAUAUCCAUUGAAGUUUACCGUGCAAAUAUACUGUGGGCUAUAGGGAAAUAAUGCAUGCUCUAGAAUGCCCUUCAAGCCAAUCGGAAAUGAGUAUUCAACAAUGCCAUGGUAUAAUUAAGCAAAAGGCCCCGAGGGGGUGUGGUAUAUGGCUAAUAAACCACGGCUAAGCGCUGUUCUUAUGCACGACGUAACGUGGAGCAUAUUGGUGAAUACCACAAACCCCUUGGGUGCCUUAUUGCGAUUAUAAACGGGUUAUCAACAUAAUUAGAACAGUAGAAAUACAUGUUUUUGUCAUCCCUGUGGUAAUACGUUCUGAAAUACCACAGCUGUCAGCUGAUCAGCAUUCAGGGCUCGAACCACCCAGUUUCUAAAACCAGAUAAUGGGACAGUUAGAAAAUGUAUUGGGUCAGUUGGAAACGUUGGCUAGCUAGCUCGCAAGGCAUAAGCACGUUGCCGUGAAACAUAAAGAACGAACGACUGCAGUCACGUCCAUAAAUAUCGAACGCACGACUGUCGCGUCUCUAGCAAUCAAAAAUAUGAGAGAGUAUGAAUUUGCUUCGAAAAAUGAAAAUAUCAACGAACACUUUUGGUAUAUGUCUGCUUUAGUAUUAUUUUCUUUGGCAACUGUGGUAUAAGUGGGAUAAACACCUCCAUUCUGUACAUGGGGUGGCAGGUAGCCUAGUGAAUAGAGCAUUGGGCUAGUAACCGAAAGGUUGCUAUAUCGAAUCCCUGAGCUGACAAGGUAAAAAUCUGUCGUUCUGCCCCUGAACAAAAUAGUUCACUGUUCCUAAGCCGUCAUUGUAAAUAAGAAUAUGUUCUUAACUGACUUGACUAGUUCAAUAAAAAAAACUUUAAAAAAAACAUUACCUUGGAAAAAUUAAUUCUGCAAAGUGGCGCGUUGCCCAUUAUUUUCAAGGUAAUGUCAGAGAUGAUCCCUUAAGUUGCCAUGAAACAUACAUUUGCAGAUUAUAUUAUAUCCGCAAAUGUUGUACAUGUAUGGUUUAUAUUAUAAUAUGGGUUAUGCAUCAAAAAAUGGUUUAUUUACCAAGAAUGUUCAAUAUCAGUCCUAAUAACAGGAUAGAAAACUAAUGCCAGUCAUCACCCUGUUUUGUAUUGAUACGGUUCUUGCUACAAUUUGUACAGAUGAGGAGUUUGAUGUACAGUGUAGGUUUGUUUCAAGGCUUGAGGUACAGUACAGGUUUGUGUCUUUCUUUUUCUGCCAUCUGUUUUAUAGGCAUAGCAGUAGCAUUGAAUAUUCUAUCUAACAAUACAACCUUGCCAAGAGCCUUGGUCCUACGUUUCAUGCAUCACACAGUAUUCUUCAGUGUGUUAAAGGUCAUUGACCUCAUGCUAUGACAUGCUUCUACGUAAGUAGUAGUAUCCUGUCUGAUGAUGAGGCAGUGGACAUGUUUUUCUUGAAACAGCUGAAAGGAUUUCACUGUUGCUGAUUUGAAAGCGUUAGAGCACAUCAAGAAAAAUAAUCAUGUGGCUUGGAAAAACAUGUCUGUCUCCUCAUUUCUUGGAAUAGAUUAAACUGAAUCUGUGAACACAAUGUUGUGUCAGUCAGUGUCAGUCUAUGUAAUGUGUAUCAGUAUGAGCAACCAGCUGUGUUUGCGUAACAGUUUUAAUAGAUGUGGUCUCUGGAAAUAUAAUGCAAAAAGGGUUAGUCACAGUCAGCCCUGAGUACGUUGAGAUGACUACUGUAGAGAGGAACCGUAUCACUUCCUGUCCAAUAUACUCUCCUAUUGGAUGAGAGCAGUUGUGGGUGGAAGCAGGAGAAUGUAUGUUAGCUCUUUGUGAGUGCAGCUGAGUUAACGAAAAACCUGAGACAGGGAGUGAAGAAUAAACAUCUUGUGUCGAAUAAACAAUAUCUCGACCAGGCUUUUUGUUUAAGGAAAGAGGAAGAGGUGUUGUUAACGUACUUCAGAACAGUAGAAGAAAACCAUGGCAAAGAGAGAGAAAGCUAAGUCCAUCACAGGCAAAGCAGAGGGCCCCUAUCGUUGUGUGGAGAACUUUGACAACCUGGCCCGGGAGGACUUUGAGGGAAAAGACACUCUAGACAAGCUGUUUGAGCAUGCAGUGCAGCGCUUCGGCAACACAGACUGCCUGGGCACCAGGGAGCUCCUAAAUGAGGAGAACGAGAUGCAACCCAGCGGCAAGAUCUUUAAGAAGCUGAUCCUGGGGGAGUACAGGUGGCUGUCCUAUGACGAGGUGGACCAGAUCAUCAGUCAUCUAGGUAGUGGACUGGCAGCCCUGGGCCAGCAGCCCAAGAGUACCAUCGCCAUCUUCUGUGAGACACGAGCAGAGUGGAUGAUCACUGCACAGGCCUGCUUCAGACGCAACUUUCCAUUGGUCACUCUGUAUGCCACCCUGGGGGAGGAGGCAGUGGCCUAUGGCCUGAAUGAGUGUGGGGCCACUCACCUGAUCACCAGCACAGAGCUACUGGAGACUAAACUCAAGAGUAUUUUGCCAGAAAUGCAUAACCUGAAGCACGUUAUCUAUGUGGACAACAAGAGCAUCAGAAGGACGGGUUAUCCAGAGGGCAUUCAGAUCCACAGCAUGCAGGCAGUACAAGAGCUGGGAGCCAAACCUGACAACUUGAGUAUAGCUGUGCAGCGGCCCCAGCCCACAGACCUGGCUGUGGUCAUGUACACCAGUGGAUCCACCGGACAACCCAAAGGAGUCAUGAUCAUCCACAGCAAUCUUAUUGCUGGCAUGACGGGCCAGUGUGAGAGGAUCCCAGGCCUGGGGCCAAAGGAUACCUACAUUGGCUACCUGCCUCUAGCUCAUGUGCUGGAGAUGACUGCUGAGAUCUCAUGUAUGACGUAUGGCUGCAGGAUUGGCUACUCUUCCCCACAAACACUCUCUGACCAGUCAACAAAAAUCAAGAAAGGCAGUAAGGGAGACUGCUCUGUGUUGGGGCCUACUCUGAUGGCAGCUGUUCCGGAAAUAAUGGACCGCAUCUACAAGAAUGUGAUGAACAAGGUGCAGGAGAUGAGCUAUGUGCAGAGGACUCUGUUUAAACUGGGCUACAACUACAAACUGGAACAGAUCAAAAUGGGCUAUGAUGCCCCUCUCUGCAACUUGCUGCUGUUUAAGAAGGUGAAGGCUCAGCUGGGAGGGAACAUCAGGAUGAUGCUGUCAGGAGGGGCGCCCCUGUCCUCCGCCACACAGCGCUUCAUGAACAUCUGCUUCUGCUGCCCUGUGGGACAAGGCUACGGCCUCACAGAGACCUGCGGAGCAGGUACCAUCACAGAGGUGGCAGACUACAGCACUGGGAGAGUAGGAGCCCCCCUCAUCUGCUGUGAGGUCAAACUACGAGACUGGGUUGAGGGUGGAUACACCAGUCAGGACCAGCCCCACCCGCGUGGAGAGAUCAUGAUUGGUGGGCCCAACGUUACCAUGGGUUACUAUAAGAGUGAGCACCUGAACAAUGACUUCUGGGUGGAUGAGCAGGGCCAGAGGUGGUUCUGUACCGGGGACGUGGGGGAGAUUCACCCUGAUGGCUGUCUGCAGAUAGUGGACCGUAAGAAGGACCUGGUCAAACUGCAGGCUGGAGAAUAUGUGUCCUUGGGGAAAGUGGAGUCUGCUCUGAAAAACUGCCCCCUUAUUGAAAACAUUUGUGCAUAUGCAAACAGUGACCAGAACUAUGUGAUAAGCUUUGUGGUACCGAACCAGAAGCAGCUGACAAUUCUGGCCAAUAAGAACGGCAUCAGUGUCGCCUGGGAGGAGAUCUGUAACCACCCGGCCAUGGAGAAAGAGGUCUUGAAGGCCAUCAAAGAGGUGGCUACCUCAAUCAAACUGCAGCGUUUUGAGAUCCCAGUGAAAGUGCGUCUGAGCCCAGAGCCCUGGACCCCUGAGACUGGCCUGGUGACGGACGCAUUCAAACUGAAAAGGAAGGAGCUGAAGAACCACUUCCAGACUGAUAUCGAGAGAAUGUACGGAGGGAAGUAGAGCCACUAUCUGAUCUAACCUAAGAACGGUUUCCUGACAACUUUCACCAGUGAAAUGAGUGGGUGCGUGUCUGAAUGUGUGUGUAUGAUUGUGUGCAUAUGCUUCAACGCACGUGUGAAACUCCACGGCGGGCUGAGUGUUUGUGGGAUUUCGCUCAUCCCUUGUACUUGAUUGAUGAAAUAAGGUCACUAAUUAGUAAGGAACGCACCUCACCUGGUUGUCUGUCUUAAUUGGAUGGAAAAAUCAAAAACCUGCAGACACUUUGCCCUCUAUGGAAUGAGUUUGACACCCUGCUUCACAGCAUUUUGUCUGUGAACUGUAGAAUUGUCUUUCCACGUUGUCUCUUUUGUCACAUUAUGAAUGUCAGUCCAUAAAGUUCAGCACAGAGGGAUCAGCUGGUUAGUUACGGCUAUUUGUGUUGGAGAUCGCACAGCGUUGUGUAAAACGCCAUUCGAAUGCAAGUCUUGUAUUUGCAUAUUGUAAUUUGCCUUUGGUAUUUAUUAUGACAUGUCUGUAAAUACUACUAUUUUUGUGUCUAAUUGAGGUAGGAGUCAUAAUGGCCUUUUCUCAAUGAGAUUUGCUCAACUCUGGAGUCCUCUCUUCUCUGUCCCAGCUGGCCUCCUUUUGAGAAAGGUCAACAUAAUUGAUGAAAACAUUUUUGCUGCCCCCUAGUGAGCAAGCCCCCACAGUGCUGCUGUAUAAAUUGUUUGCUUGUUCUGUACAUAGGAUCACAUUAUUGCCACGCAAAUCCCGAGCCCCCACAAUCCUUUAGGCUAUUGCACAUAGAUCAAACCUGAGUGUAACUUUGGCCAUUUCUGUCACCUGUGCUUGUGUAAUUUGUGUUUUCAUGUUUUGAACCUGCUCAUGACAUUCUUAUAGUGACCCAACCCAAGUAUGUCACGUUAUGUUUUAGAUUUUUCAGAUACGAGGUAAUUGGUUAAUGUCAUACUUGCUAUGUUACAGCAUGGAUUAUCAUUUUUAUUUGAGCAAAAAUGAAGAUAGUCCUUUAGCCUUCUUUUUCAUGCUGAUCUCUUCCUAUAACUCUGUAUACUGUACAAUAUUUAUAGUCUUAGAUAAUGUUUCAAGUCAUCUUUAUAAUGUACUGUAAUAGUUCUACAUUUCUGACCUAUGGAUAUGCCAACUUAAUAGCCUAUACUCUUAAAUAAUUUGACAUUUUGUGACAAAGUUUAUGGGGAUAUGAAAUACUCAAUAUAAUUCAAUGCAAUUUUUUAAUUAUAUGAUGUUGAAAAUCCAAUUGAGUUGCAUGUGUAAAGAACUUCUAUUUAAAAUAUUUUGUAUGUAUAUGAAGGUCAAGUUAAACGUUGAACCAUUUUACAUUUUUUGGAUGAAUUUGUACUGUUGAACUGUUUUAAAGGUCACAAUUGUGCUUCUUGAAACUUUGUGUGAAACCUUAAUGAAAAUGCUGUGUAUCAGCAAGUUUGCGUUAUCAUUCGGAAGCUGUUUAAUGUGGCAUAUAAUGCAGUAGAAGAGAAUUGAUGGGGUUGUGACAACUGAAACGUGCAAAUCAAUGCCAAAAAUAAUUUUCCAGGAUGCAUUGCAUUCAUAACAUAUAUAAUACCAUUUAACGAUUUUGCAAAUAUCCCCAAUGGCCAACACAUUGGGGUGAAACAUACACUGUUCAAAUGAGCCAUGAUACCACUCUAAUCCAUCGAGUCCUAUCACGGAUAUGUUCCAAUAGGAGUAAGAAAGGUCAAACCAUUUUUUUUUGUGAAGCUUUUAUUAUUCUUAUACUCAGGGUUACAUCCACCAAGAAUGCAACUGCGGUAGUAUUUAUUUUGAGACCAACCUUUAAUCUUACGUUAAUUGUGAAGCACUUAGGUUGUGUUUACAAUGGCAGCCCAAUUCUGAUAUUUUUUCCACUAAUUGGUAUUUUGACCAAUCACAUCAGAGCUUUUUCAGAGCUGAUUGGAUUAAUCAAAAUACCAAUUAGUUCAAACAAGUUUAGAAUUGGGCUGCCUGUGUAAAUGCAGCUUUCUCUCUCCAUUUAUAUUGAUGUGAUGUUUUGUUAAUUUGUAUUAUUUAUUCAAAUGUUAAUAUGUGAAUGAAACAAUGUGUGAUAGGGAUGGGCAGUGUGUACCUUCUGGUUAUGUCAUUUGAAAGUACAUAUUCUUUUUAUAUGAACAUAUUAAAGCUUUCUGCCCACUGUAAAA